GAAUCAUUAUGCAUUUCUGCUCCCUCCACUUCAGGUUUUUGGUUUUUUGUUUGUUUUUUUAUAAGCCUUUGCCAGAACACUUCGAGUUUUUGAUGUUUUAACAUUUUAGAAUGGUUGGUUAUUAAGUUUUAUUUCAAUAAGAUGAAAAACUUAGAAGAGUAGAAGGAACUCUGAAGUCUUUUGCUACUUGAUACUACGACAAGGUUCGUUUUCCUCACUUUCUUUAGUAUGUAGCUCAAAGUAAUAUUUUGCUUUACGUCUAGAGUAACAGGGACCAAAGAGUAUUUUUUGUGGAGUCAUUUUCUGUAUUGUGAUCGGAAAUAUAGAGAGAAAUUAUUUUGUCACUAAAGGACAAUUUGAUUUCACUAAGUAUUAUAUUUGAAUAUGUCUCACCUUGCCAUUAUUUUUUCUUUUCCUCUGUGUGUUCAGUGUAUAAAAAUCAGGGGGAAAAAACUGAAUUAAAAGCUGACAUGAUAUUACAGUGGUGGGAUUUUCUUUUUCCAGCGUCCAAGCCAUAUUUCCUACACCGGAUCCUGCUGCUUUAAAAGACAGACGGAUGGAAAACCUAGUUGCAUAUGCUCGGAAAGUUGAAGGGGACAUGUAUGAAUCUGCAAACAAUCGAGCGGAAUACUACCACCUUCUAGCUGAGAAAAUCUAUAAGAUCCAAAAAGAACUAGAAGAAAAACGAAGGACUAGACUACAGAAACAGAACAUGCUACCAAAUGCUGCAGGCAUGGUUCCAGUUUCCAUGAAUCCAGGGCCUAACAUGGGACAGCCGCAACCAGGAAUGACUUCUAAUGGUCCUCUGCCUGAUCCAGCUAUGAUCCGUGGCAGUGUGCCAAACCAGAUGAUCCCUCGGAUAACUCCACAGUCUGGUUUGAAUCAAUUUGGCCAGAUGAGCAUGGCCCAGCCCCCCAUUGUACCCCGGCAAACCCCUCCUCUUCAGCACCAUGGACAGUUGGCUCAGCCUGGAGCUCUCAACCCGGUUAGUUUGUCAUCUUUGGGUUAAUCUCUUUGGCCUUUACCUGGUAUUUUGAAAAUCCUGUUUGUUCCUGCUUUGUAAAUUCUCACAGUCAUUUAAACAGACCAUAACUCCUAGUUUUUCUGUAAUUCUUCUGUAAUUUUAAUGUAUUUAGCCCUACUAGAAAGCUGACCAAAAAAUAAAAACAGCCAGGCCCUUAUGCCUGGAAUCUCAAUGUUUAGUGGCCUUCAUGCAUUUUCACAGUCAGUUCUCAUCUCUGAUGUCUGUCUUCCCUUCUCCAGGCAGAGAACUGUCUAUCUUUUGCAAGGGUGAUGAUGUGUUUGACUGGUUCUUGAGACUGGAGAAGAAAAACUAGGCAUCUCCUGCUCCUUAGGCGAAGUCUUAACCAGUCCAUCGCUUCACACUGACCCCAACCCUUCCGCUGCCCUUUAGAGUUAGCUGGUGCCUCUGAUU